AUGUUUGUCAAGCUUUCUACUCACGAACUCGGUGCGGUGAAUGUUAAAGUUGCAAGGCCAAAAAGCAAGCCCGGUGGGUGCAGCAGCCACUGGGAGGUUCGUCGACGACAGUAUUACCGUUUGGUUGAGGAUGACGUCGUCGACAGCGUUGACAAACCACACGCCUUGUCAAAUGCCAAGUCUGUCUUCCUUAACCUGAUGACGGAUUUCGAGAGACCACGUCGAGCAGAGUGCGGUGAGCUAAUAGCCACUUGGUCUCAACAACGCCUCACCGACUGUGUAUCAGUGACAGUGCUGACUAUGGUGGUGUCGUGGCGUUCCAAUCCGACAGCACAACAGUCAUCCCUGUGA